UUUUUUUGGUAAUCAAGAUCGAUCAAUACAAUUUUUAAAUACAGAGUUAUGGAGGGUCAAAGUUUGAAGAAUGUUCUGAUGAUUACGGCAUUGUUGACGAUGAUGUUUUCGGCACAAAUGGCGCAUUCGAGUGAUGUGGAUAUGUGUAUCAAACAUUGUGUCUCAAGACAAUGUCCUAAAGAGGUCAAAAAGGCUACUCCUGCCAUGUGCGAGGUUGGUUGCAAAAAGCUUUGCAAUGAAAAACAAUUUGAUCAUGAACAAUACGUUAAGCCGGGUGGUUGGAUCUGCAAAACUUGGCCUUCAGUUUGUGCCUAAUCUAUAUAAUCAACAGAAGCUCUCAUCAUUCUUUGUUAACCCUCCAUAUCUAUUUGUAAUUCACUUUUUGUACUAUAUUGGUCUAUUUUUCUCAAUUAAUAAUAUCUUUCUUUUUUUUUUUGUUCUUGAUCGCAAAUAUGCAUGUUGUGGUUCUUGGUUUUUUUUUUAUGAGUUAGAAAUUACAAA